AUGUUUGCAGCAGGCAAUUUUUAUUUAGAAGAAAACUUAGGAAUUGUACUUGAUAUAGGCAAUCAUACUACAAAAGCUGGCUACGCAGGAGAUGCCGUACCUAAAGCAAUUGUCCCUUCAGUAAACAUAAUUUAGUAUGUUGGCAUCAUCGAAAACCCCAACCAAAUGGAUCUUGAAUCCAAAGACAUUUUAACAGGGGACAGAAUCAAUAAAUACCAAGACUAUAUGAAAAUCGAACAACUUUUUGCUGAAGGCAGAGACAAGUAUGAAAAAAUCGAACAAAUAUGCAAAGAAGCUCUUGAAAAAAGUCUAAAAAUCACACAGCAAACGCAUCCAAUUUUAUUAUCAGAGCCAAGUAUCCACGAUAAAGAAUUUCGUAGUGCUUUAACUGAAAUUAUGUUCGAGAAAUUACAGCUUCCAGCUAUUUUUAUAGUAAAAAAUGCAGCACUUUCUUCAUUUGCGUCAGGAAGGACUACAAGUUUAAUUUUGGAUUCCGGGGCUUAUUCAACUAGUGCAGUCCCAAUACAGGAUGGGUAUGUUUUACAGAAAUCAAUAACACAAUGUAAUAUCGGAGGAGAAAUGUUUACUGAUAUGCUGCUGAGUACUUUGAAGAGUAAUGGAGUGUACAUAAGGCCUCAUUAUACAUUUAACAAAGAUAUUAAAAGUAUUGAGGAUGGAGAAAUAGGAAGCACUGAUUUUGCUAUUGAAGAAGUCUUAAAUAUUGAUGUAAACCCUUCAUUUCAAGAGCAUUCUAUAAAAGAAGUAGUAAGAAAUAUAAAAGAAGCCACAUUUAAGGUAAGCGAUAUCACUUUUCCUGAAACUUCUUAUACAGGGAUUCAGCCUCAGAACUAUGAUUUGCCUGAUGGCACACAAAUUCAGGUCGGAACUGAAAGAUAUAGAAUCCCUGAAAUGCUUUUUGUGCAAGGAGCUGAAGGAGUAGCAGGAGUGGCAGGAUUUUCAGGGGUCCACCAAAUGGUUUGUGAUGCAAUUAAUAAGUGUGAUGCAGAAAUUCGAAGAGAAUUAUAUGGAAAUCUAAUAGUUACAGGAGGAAAUUCUCUUAUUGGAGGAUUUCCUGAUAGAUUGUAUAAGAAAAUUUCAGAAAUUAAUGCUCAGAGCAUGAAAAUCAGAAUCAUUGCCCCUCAGAACCCUAAUGACCGAAAAUUCAGUGCUUGGAUAGGAGGCUCCAUUUUAGCAUCUUUAGGAAGUUUCAGCCAAAUGUGGAUAUCAAAGCAAGACUAUGAUGAAAAUGGAGCUAAUAUAGUAGAAAGAAAAUGCCCUUAA